AAUCUUUCUUUCCAUUAUAAUUUAUUAGAGCAAAUGUAUUCCGAGAUCUUUACUAAACUCACUGGCUUGAUUUUAUUGUGCGCGGGCGUCCCUGGUACAUAUUUAUAUUUAUGAUUAUGAGGAUGUAAUACAUUUGUGAUGGGAGGGAAGAUAACCUUGGUAUAAUAUAAAAUGGAAACACUGAGGAUUUUCACUAAGGCGUAUUAUAUUGGCUAAGAAUACCGUAUAAUCCAAAUUGCAUUAGUAGCCUGUUAAUUAAUUCUAUACCAUAAAUAAUUUCCCACAUAUUUAAGGAUUAUGGUGUUAAGCUGCCACCAACGCAUUAACUAACGAGUAACCAUUCCCGUUCUGUGGAAUUAAUCCAAUUUACGGCUAUAUAACGAAAAAAUCAGAGAACUAUUUGGUUUAUCGAUAAAUUAUUAUUCCGUUUUGUAGAUUUUGCCAAAAUGAUGCAACAAUACUUGAAAGAGCUAGAACAGGAACCCUUUGACUCUGAGGAGUUUGUGGAAAGAUUGGCUUGGAGAACUAUAGCAGAAACUAAAAGUGAGGGAGACGAAUAUGAUUUGAAUCCGACCUUACUGCAUGAGUCCUUUGUGCAAGCUAUCAAGGAUUUAACAUUAUUACAAGAACGACAAGAGAAAAAAUGCGAACGUUUGGAAACCAGUGUUCGUGAGGAUGAAGCUUUAUUCUUUAGAGAAAUAUAUAAUUUGCUUGAGCAAAAUAAGCAUUCUAUUGAAACAUUCCAAGAAUUGGACAGCAAGAUUAAUCAUGUAGCAGCAAAAGUACUUCAUUUGGGAGAUCAAUUGAACAGUGUUAAUGAGCCUAGGGCUAGGGUUGUUGAAGCUCAAAAAAUAAUGUUUCAUUUGAGUGAAUUUUUGACAAAUAAGUCCUUAAUAUCAUCAAUUUUUAAUGAUCCUUAUAGGAUUGACGAAGCCGCAGAUAUUAUUCAAAAAUUAUUUUCAUUAUCCCAGGAUUUGCCAUCCCCUAAGUUUGAAGGUGUUAAAAGAAAAAUUGAAGAUAUAUAUGUGGAAAUAGAAAAAUCUUUAAUUGAAGACUUCCUAACAGCAAUGAGUAAAGAAGAUUUGACUAGGAUGAAAGCUAUAGCCACAGUUUUAUUUCAGUUUAAGGGUUAUUUGCAGUGUGUUGAUGCAUAUAUUGAGAAAAGUCAGGCGGGAUGCCUUCUGAGUAAGGAUGUUUUUGCCCACUUACUUCCUCUUUGCAAACAUAACUAUGACAUUAUUAGAGAUGUCUUUAUAAAUCCUGAAAAAGUUAUGUCCAAAUUUAUUUUAAAUCUGUAUCAGUUCAAGUUGGCAGAUUAUAUUGACUGCAAGUUGAAUGCCAAAUUGGGCAGUUAUAAUUAUCUUCAAGUAUUAUAUGAACUGUAUUCAAAAACCAGCCAGUUUUCUAAUGACCUUGGUAUAUACAAUCUUGGAAGUGACAAAAAUUAUUUCAAUAAACUCACAUCAAAUAUUUUUAACAAAUACAUUAGUGAUUAUAUUCAAAUAGAGCUGAAAUGUUUAAAAGAACGCUGUGCAGCUAACUUACAAAAAUAUUAUGAAACCAAAAAUCAUCAUAAGAAACAAAUUCAAUCUGGCGGUUUUCAAGACCUGCGCAGGGAUUUGCAGGCAGUUAUCGGUACGCGAGCUAACAUAAAUAUUGCGCAGAUAGAAAAUUAUCAUGGCGAAACCUUCUUAUCAGAGGAGUUAGCCAUCAUGAUUCUACAGGAUACGAAAAAUGCAUUCUUAAGAUGCCAAUUGCUGUCUAAACCUGAGGAGAAGGCGGCCAAUGCCUAUCAAAUUCUUGACAGAUUAGUCAACAGUCUGCUUAUAGAGCAUGUUGAUUAUGCAGUAGAAAUAGGACUUCAGGCUAUCCCAGUUGUUGAAGGUCCUAAAAGUCCGCCUGUACUGCACUUCUUUAAAAUUGUUUAUCAGAGUAACAAUAUUACGCACUUAGUUGAGAAGCAGUUUAUUGAUUUGGUGGUUCCACUGGUUGUAAAUACUCCCAAGUUCAAUGAUUCUGUCCAAAAGAAAAAAUUUGUAACAGAAGAUAUUGAAAGAAAAAUUAAUACUGGACUAGACAGGUGCCUUAAUGCAAUAACAACUUGGAUAAAACUUUAUUUGCAAUCAGAACAACGAAAAAGUGACUUCAAACCUGAAACUGAUGACUUUGAUACUGUUUCUUCACCGGCUUGUAAAUCAGUGUCGCAAUAUAUAACAAAUAUUAUUAAUGAAAUAAAAAGUAAUUUGGAUGGGCAUAAUGUCACUGCUGUACUAGAAGAUAUGGGUAUUCGACUGCACCGAACAAUUUAUGAACAUAUGUUGCAAUUUCAGUACAGUACAGCAGGAGCUAUGGUAGCAAUAUGUGAUUUAAAUGAAUACAGGUCAUGCACAAAACGAUUGGGACCUUUAGUUACAGAAUUGUUUGAAACCCUUCAUGCUCUCUGCAACCUCCUUCUGGUAAAACCUGAAAACCUACAUCAAGUGUGUUCAGAGGAUUCAUUGGUAAACUUGGAAAGGUCAAUUUUGCACAAUUUUAUUCAACUAAGAAGUGAUUUUAAAACUCAAAAGCAAACUAUUUUGAAAGUUUAGUUUUUAUAAUCAGUAAUGGAUCUAAUCAUAUUUUAUUGGUACUUAUAUUAAUGAAAUGAUUUUAAAAAAUUAUUAAUGGUACAGAAAAAGGUAUAAUACUCAAGACAGUUUUUAAGUAAGCAGAAAGAGAAGGAAAUAAUAUUCGUAGUUUGCAUGAGGGACCUGAGAGCUGGCAGACUGUGUAAGAUUUGAUUAGUUAGUGUCGUCAGAAAACCAGAUAAUACAUAAAUGAUCUUGUAAAGCAAUAUGAACAAUAUUGAAAAUUAAAUUG